AGCUAAGACAAGUGUUAGCCUCAACCCUAAUAUUUUGGGAAUUGAGAACGAAUUGACCCGGCUGCCCCUUAUUAAAAAAGAAACCCCAUAGAAACGAACCGGCCAGCUGCAUUUGGCAAAGCAACAAUGCAACACAUGCAACAUACUUGGCUCAAUGGACUUUGACUUUUUGCAGCAUAAGAGAAAUGGAAGAAGGAAAGCACAGAAUUGCAACUAAACAGAUAAUUAGCCCUAGUUCUAGUUAGAGUCACCGAUUUCAGUUAGUAGCUGCAUUCAACUCGGGGCGACUGGUCGUGUUUAGAAUCGAAUUCUGGUGAAUAAUUAUAAAAAGGAUACAAAAUCCUGAAAUAAAGUGAAACACAGUACUUAAGUCAAGGAUUAAGGAUAUCACAAUCACAAUGAAAUACUUUGAAUUCUUAAGCCUGACCUCAGUGGGACUCUGUAUAGCAUGUGGCGAUAUACUGAUAGCUCUGAGCGUUUUAGCGCCCUCCAGUUAUUAUCUAUACUUUGACUUUAUGGACAUUGAAAAAUGGGAAUCGAGCAGCGAAGUAGAAGCCCUAAGUCCCAUUAGAUUCUUCUUUACAACAUUAGUGGAUUAUCUAUGGGUGCGAGAAUUCUCGCAAGUCUUCUAUAUGACAGCUACGCUCAUUAUUUGGGUCAAGGCCUUGAUGAACCUGAUGGUGGCCAUUCUUCUAGUCGAUGGCAUCAAGCAGAAACGACUCGUUUGCAUUGCCCCCUGGUUGAUCAAUUCUUGCCUGUCGAUUAUUAUUGAAACGGGUAUCUUUGUGAGUUUGGAACUCAGGAUUGAUGAGGUUGAUGCUGCCGUGGAUCGCCGGAUAGCGCGCAGUCUGAUCUUUGGCGUAUUUAUAGUGCUCAACACGUUAUUUUCGUACGGAGUCUAUGCCCUUUACCGGAAGCUCAAGUCUGCACCCAGUGAGAAUGUUGAAAUUAUUCCACAAAGCCCCCACACAUUCAAUGCCUAACACUAUUUUGAACACUAGGAUCAUAUACGAUAAAGAAUUGACCACGCUUUUGUUUCCAUAGAGGCAAAUAAAAUAAGAUGUGGAAGUCCUUGCGAAUCUUUGGAAGAAGCUAAACUCACCUCAAAAAUCACCACAAAACCCAAUCGGCAGGCCAAAAUGAUGUAGAACAUGCUGCUCAAAGUGUAUUUUUCCGGUGAUGAAGGUGGUAAUCGAAAGUCCGUGUAUCUGAAUAAGCAUAAGACAGUCGUGAAUAAAGGGCUAUACAAAAAUG